AUCCUUGGAGUGGUGGGAUGCCAGGUUCCUGUCCUGUGGCAGAAGGGGCCCUGGGGCAUCACUGGGCUUUCAGACUGAGGUGACUCUAUCCUCCACUCUUCUCUUGGGCCACUCUCAACUUUGGCCUCUCUCACCCAGCCGUGGCUUCCCAUGGCUUCCACUGCUCAUGCCAGUGGGCCCAUCCUCGGAAAGUGGACUGGGGACUGAUUGGAGGGUCCAGGGAUCAUCCUUUCACUUUUGUCACCUGUAUCCCCACAUCAGGCUCCUGUGAGAAGCUGAAGCCAGGCUGUCCAAGGCUCUCUUUUCAUACUUCAGCAGUCCUGAGUCCCGUGACCUCCAGUGGCCCAACUCUGGUCUUUGUUACCCUCUAAGGUGGAGACCUAUCUCCUCUGUCUCUACCAUCCCCACCCCCAUCCCACAAAGGACGGUGUCUCGCAGAAGCCCUGGGUGGCCUUGCCUCCUGACCUAAGUGCUGGAGAUACCCAUGUUUCUAGGGAGGCGUUUCCCUGCGAUUUGCAGCCCAGGAGCUCCUGGGUGGCUGGGUGGGAGGUAGGGGAGGAAGACGUCAGCUAGAGGCCCAGAGAAGAGGAUGUAACUUUUAGUCGCCUAUAUCUAAAUUAGGAAUAUGAGUCUAUUCCCACCAAAAAACCCCUUGGGAUUGCAGCAGAUGAGAUGAUAUUCUGACACAUCCUCCAAACCCACUUCCAUCUCCUGGCCUCCCUGGCUCUGUCUCCAGCACUCCCAUCCUCCUGAUCACGAAAGUCACAAACCACAGACACUCAGGUCUUGUCCUUCACACUUGAUGUACGCAUGCACGGGCUCACCAGUCCCGGGUAGUUCUGCCUCUGCAGACACUAGCAUGACCCUGACAGUGAGUGCCUCACUUGCCUCACCUUAGUCCUGGCCCUGCCACAGCCUCAGUUCCAUCUGUCCCAUUAACGAUCGCGCUGACAUAUUUAUAUAGCUCUGUUGUUCGAGCCAGGGCUGGGCUACUCCCCAGCUUCCUACUUCCCUGGGAAGUGCUCUCUCCUCCUAUUAGGGUCAGCACUCCAGCUUGUGUUCCAGGUUCUCAGCUUGGCUCUGAGAGGGUCCUGCAGACAAGGCCAGGAAGUGCUCGUGGUGGCUCACAUGGAGGCAGACACAGCUGAGCCGUGGACCUCCGAGAAGGGAGGAUUUGAAAAGGAGAAAUCUUCAGGCUUGGGAGCCAGACUCCAGCCCUUUGUGGGCCCGGCUCCUGUGUGUCCACAUCGUCUCCUGCCUGGUCAGAGCUACACCUCUACCUCAGGCCACCACAGCUACCACUGUCUCAGCUGCGAUCACAAAGGACCCCUACCCCUCUUCGCCCUCAACGCUCCUAACAGCUAAGCGGUGUCCAGCAUUGGAGGUGACCUUGCCAGAAGUGGAAGUCCCACUGAAAUUCUGUGGGCACAGGGCCCAGCUCCUAAAAUGCUUCUUAUCAAAUGGGACCGAGAGAGUUCAGACAUAAGGAGUGGUCAGAGGGCUCCCAGAGCCUUGGUUGCAGUGUGCUCCAAGGUCCAGCCCCUCCCCUCAGAGCCCGCCUGCCCUCGGGCCACCUCAGAGGAGCAGUGGCCUGUUGGUGCUGCCUCCUUGGCCGGGGCUCCUGGAGUCAGCAGAGCUGGGCACGAGAAAAAGGUCAUCGUGAAGAAACAAGAUGGAACGCUGACCUUGUCCUGUACUGCCUGCAGCCGCUUCCAUCACUUCAGCAUCCUCUACUGGCUGGGCAAUGGUUCCUUCAUUGAGCACCUCCCAGGCCGGCUGCGGGAGGGCAGCAUGAGCCGGGAGCACAGGGGCAGAAGCACCCAGCUGCGGAGAGCCUUGGUGCUGGAGGAGCUGAGUCCCGCCCUGCGCAGCACCAGCUUCUCCUGUGUUUUCACGGAUCCUGAGCAAACUGUCCAGCGUCACGUUGUCCUGGCCCAGCUCUGGGCUGGGCUGAGGACAGUCAUGCCCCCCACUCAAGAAGCCCCACCUUCCAGCGGGUCCCCUCUUCCUCACCAUCCUGACAGGUGAACUCUGAAGCCUGGUUGAAACGCCACCUCUUCAUCAAGGUCUACGCUCUCAGGCUGUGUUCUGCAUCGACUUAAUGUUGUGUUUGUGUUCUCUUGUUUUCCUCUAAUGGACUGUCCCAGGGAAGGGAUGCAGGCAGAGGCUGACUUCUGAUCCACGGCUGUAUCACUGUCAUACCCAGCAAGGCCCACAAUGGGCACUCAUAAAUGAUAUUUCAAUGGA